ACCAAACUCUUAUUAUAAUUACCUGUAGUUUGUGUAUUCUAACUCAUCCUUCCGAUUAUUUCUCUGCUGCACUGCUGUUCUUUGAACUCUUUUCAUAAAAGGUUGGUUAACAACUUUAAAAAGAAGAAUAUCUCUGAUCUUCUCCAUUUUCUCUCGCUCUUUCUGAAUCAGCCAAACAUGUUCAGGCUUGUGCUGGUUCUCUCUCUUUUUUUCUCUAUCUUUUUCUCCUCAUCCUCAGCUCAGACAUGUGCCAAAUACAGCUUCCCCAGAAACCAGGUCUUUAGCUCCUGUAAUGAUCUUCCUUAUCUGAAUUCUUUCGUACAUUGGAACUACGAAAAAUCUUCUGGGAAUCUCAAAAUCGCGUAUAGGCAAACCGGGGUCGCGCCCUCGACAUGGAGUGCAUGGGCGAUCAACCCUACUGGUUCGGGUAUGGUUGGAGCACAAGCUCUUGUUGCUUACCAACUGUCCAAUGGAACCAUGAGAGUUUACACCUCUCAGAUCACUGGUUAUAAAACCAAAAUGGAGGAGGGAGAGCUGAAAUUCGAUGUCUCGAAUUUGGAAGCAACACAUGCAAAUAGUGAGACUAUAAUCUAUGCUACUUUGGCACUUCCAAACGAUAGCAGUACUACUAGUAUCAACCAGGUUUGGCAAAUGGGUCCUGUUUCCAAUGACAACCCAGGAGUGCAUUCUUUUGCUGCUGCUAAUACUAAAUCCAUGGGAUCCCUGAAUCUUCUGUCGGGGCAGACUGCAACGACGACUGGAGGGGGGAGCUCAAGAUCCAGAGACAGAAAUAUUCAUGGAGUGCUAAACGUAGUGAGUUGGGGUAUUUUGAUGCCUCUUGGUGUUAUAAUAGCAAGGUACUUGAGGGUAUUCAAAUCUGCAGACCCAGCAUGGUUUUACCUACAUGUCACUUGCCAAACUUCAGCUUAUAUUGUUGGAGUUUCUGGGUGGGCAACCGGUCUAAAGCUUGGUAACGAAUCUGCUGGUGUCCAAUACACCAAACACAGAACACUUGGCAUUCUCCUUUUCAUCCUUGCAACACUUCAGGUGUUUGCUUUGCUUCUAAGGCCGAACAAGGAUCACAAAUACAGAUUUUACUGGAAUAUCUAUCACCAUUCAGUUGGGUAUUUUGUCAUCCUUCUCAGCAUCAUUAACAUAUUCUUAGGAUUCGAGAUUCUGAUGCCGGAGAAGAAGUGGAAGAAUGCUUACAUUGGCAUUAUUGUGUUUUUGGUACUCAAUGCUGUGUGGCUGGAGGCGUAUACUUGGUAUGUUGUGUUGAAGAGGAGAAGGUCACAAAGUGCAGAGAAGACGCUUCAGGCAGUGAAUGGAGGAAAUGGGGCUAAUGGGUACGAGUCUAGAACACCACAGUAUGUUUAAAAUGGCUAACCGGAUAUAGGUUGUGAUUGGUUAAUUCUGGGUCUUUUCACCCAGUCAUUUCCUUUUCUUUUUUGUGUUUCUUUGCUAUUUAUUCUCUCUGUUAUUUCCACCUUUUUGCAAAUUUGUGGACGAGGCUAUUUGCUAUUUAGGAAAUCCCCAUAUAAUGAGGGAGUUGGGUUCCAGAGUUGAUUCAUAUAGAAUAGUGUCUGGAGCCUGGACUUGUAUUCGUGUACAUGUAUCAGUUAAUUUCAUGAGACGUUCUACA